GGCUGUCUGGGGAGGGCUCGGUGCGCCCGGGGCGGUGGGAGGAAGGCAGAGACCAGCGAAGGGGUGUGCGAGGGGAACAAAAGCGUUGGCAGGCCUUGGCAGCCGGUGCUUGGCUCUGAAUUGUGACUCCGCUUAGUUAACAUGAAGAUGGAGGACUAUGAAAUAUUCUGUAAGAAGCAUCUUUCCCGAUUCCAAGAAGAGGCAAUAAAAAGAGAAACCUCUUUCACUCUUCAGCAGAAAAAUAUCUCCCUCAUUCAAUUCCAUGGAGUUCCAGUGCUUUCCCCUCUGCUUAGCCUUGAAAAGAAAAAGGAAAUACAGCAAUACAAACAGAAAGCACUGGACCUAGAAAACUGGAGACAGAAAUCCCGGAAAAGAGCUUUGUUGAAUUGUGUACAGGAGAUUAUAGAAAAUGUUCAGACCAGGAAGGGAGCUAGUGUGAGUGAUGUGAAUGCACAGGAGGCUGAGAACACUUGUCCUGAUUCAGAUUCAAAAGCUUCGACUGACUUCACAGCUCUGUCAGACAUCAAUUUGACAUGUUCUCCUGAAAGGCAUGGUUCCACAGAGCUAGAACUUACGCCAGCAGAUACUACUGGGCAGGUGACAUCAAAUGUGACAGAAGCAGUUAAAGCAGCAGAAGAAAAUGUUUUUUCAAAGCAAAGUGAGAGCACCUUCUCAAAAGGCAUACCUUGUCCAAGAGUUGCGCCUCCUGACAACAUGCAUAAUAAGCUUGCGUCACAUGCUUUGCAAAAGCAAGAGGGACUAGGAGUGCCACCGUUGGAUGAGGAAGUCCAGGAUCCAUAUGUAAUGAGUCUUCAGAACCUGAUGAAGAAAUCUAGGGAGUACAUAGAGAAAGAGCAAACCAAGCGUACUUCAAAAAGUAAUUCAAAGAGAAGUAUGAGUGAAAGUCAUUCAGAUAAAGAAAAUGAUGGCAUUAAGACAACUGACUCUGUGAAAGAAAGAGUAAAGCUUACAGGCAGAAGUUGCACCUCUCUGACACUUGAUAAACCCAGUCUUAAUAAAUCAAAUACUCUUCUCCAAGGUGCCUCUACUCAUACAAACAACACAAGUAUGUCAACUUUAUCCAGUUUUUCUAAAGUGGACAUACCUAUGAGAGUCGGAACGCCCCCACUGGUGGAUUCAGAUUCGGAUGAAGAAUUUAAAAAGACUUCUAUGUUUGAUCAUGACAGUAGCAUUGUCAGGAGCCUCACAGGCUCUUACGCCAAAUUGCCGAGCCCAGAGCCAAGCAUGAGCCCUAAAAUGCACCGAAGGCGCCCAAGACCUUUAUCAAUGGGACACAUUGUUAUAAAUAACCCUGUGAAUGCUUACGAGUUAAGUCCUAAAGGCAAGGGUAGAGCAAUGGAUUUAAUCAUGCAAGAUAUUGCUGAUAAAAAUAAUGUUUCUGAGUCAGUGCCAAAGUUCAUGGUGGACUUCACUAUGGUUUGCCCUAGCAGAGUUCCUGGUGUCAACAGGAAUUCUUCAGGUCCUUGUGAUGGGUUGGGCGUUGGGAAACCAAAUCGCCGUUCCUUUGGGCACUUGGAAAGUAAAGGAACGUUAUCGGCUACAGUGGAAGGACAAGUAGUGAUGGACAGCAUAGGGCCAUAUAAAGUAGAGACUAGUACUAAUAUUGUAGCUUCAAAACUGAAUGAGCCAUUUGCCAGCAGUCAGUCUACAGUAACACAGAAGCUCCUAGCUGUGAAUGAAACCAAACCAUCUAGUUUGCUAGAAAAUACUAAAUGUAAUUCUCCAGUAGAACUCAAUAAAUCUUAUGAUGUAGAAAACCCAUCCCCACUACUAAUGCAGACCAAGAAUGUGCAACAGCAGAUGGACACUCCAAGUGUUUCCACAGCAAAUGAGCAGCUUCUAGAAAACAGUUUUGAAAAGGUAAAACGUAGACUUGAUUUAGACACUGACAACUGCCAAAAAGACAACAGUCCCUGUGUUCUAACAGUUGGAAUGGAAGAACAAGAGAAUCACUGGUUGCAAGAGCAGAAAUAUCCUGUGGGAUCCAUUUACAUUACCAAGAAUACAGCCCCUGAUUGUAUGGCAAAAGAAGAUAUUUUAAAAACUAAAAUGUUGGCCUUGGAAGAAAUGAGGAAGAGACUUGAAGAGCAGCAUGCACAACAACUGUCAAUUCUGAUAGCUGAACAAGAGAGAGAACAGGAGAAAUUGCAGAAGGAACUGGAAGAGCAGCAGAGAAAGUUGAAAGGAAAGAAUGUUGCUACAACGGAAAUAGAAAUUUCCAAAGUGAAUAUUAACAGUAGGAUGGAGUUGGAGUGGAGGAAAAAAACAGAAAGUGGCUUGCUGGAAAGUGUGCAGUCUCAGCUGGAGACAGUCCAUAAUGCAAACUCCACCAGUAUUGGUUUUGCUCAUACUACAACACCUAACACCUUUGCUUCAACAAGUGAAACUUCAUUCUUUCUCUGGGGACCAUCGAGUAGUGGUGUUAUAAAAACCUCAGUAUCUAGGCCAAGUAACAGGAUCAAAACUAGGUGGACUCAGGUUUUCAGUUCAGAGAUACAAAUGAAGUUUGAUAAGAUCACUGCUGUGGCCAGAGGUUUUCUCACUCGUAGACUCCUGCAAACAGAAAAACUGAAACAUCUUAAGCAAACUGUAAAAGAUACUAUGGAGUUCAUAAAAAAUUUUCAGUCUGAAGCCCCAUUAAAAAGAGGAAGUGUUUCAGCACAAGAUGCAUCACUUCAUGAAAGAGUAAUGGCUCAGCUGCGAGCGGCUCUGUAUGACAUCCAUGACAUCUUUUUUACGAUGGAGGCAUCAGAAAGAAUGAAUAUUUUGCGUCAUGAUCGUGAAGUUCGUAAAGAGAAGAUGCUCAGGCAAAUGGAUAAAGUAAAGAGCCCAAGAGAGAGAGCAACACUUUCAACAGCUACACAGAAAUCUCUGGACAGGAAAAAGUACAUGAAGGCUUCAGAAAUGGGAAUUCCCAGUAAAAAAAUAAUAAUAAAACAAAAAACUCCUGAAAGCCGUGUACUUCAACCAAAUCAAGGACAGAAUGCCCCAGUUCAUAGACUGCUUUGCAGACAAGGAACCCCUAAGACCUCAAUGAAGGGGGUUGAGCAAAAUAGAAAGAAGGCCUCAGAGAGCAGAGUGUCUAACAAGGCUGUUUCAGGAGCAUAUGCAGGAAGAACCCAAAGAAAGAAGCCAAAUGUUGUGACAAUUUAAGAAGACAACACUCACUGGGAUAAGAUGGCUCUUUUUAAAUGAUGGCAUUCUCAGCCCUGGUUCAAGUAUUGCAUCUUCCAUAUGUAUAUUUAGAAACGAUAAACAUACUUUGUCAUUUCCAGACAAUGAUACUUUAAUACAAUCAUACUGAAGUAAUAAAAGGCUGUGAAGCUCUAAUACUUGUGGAAAAAUUGCAUGUUAAAACUUAUUAUAUAUUCAUACUGCUGUACACUUAAGAUUCAUAAUCUUAUUUCAAGACCGCCAUAGGGCAAGAUUAAGGUGAUUUGUGACUUUUUCACACUCUCCAAUUCCUGUGUCUGACAUACGCUUUUUGCAUUACUUAAACUUGCAGUUUCUGUGUAUGAUUGCUGAUAUAAAUAAGUCGUGUAUAUAUAUAUAUUUAGUUUCAUACCAUGAAGUUAAAUCAGUUAAAUAAGGAAAAAAAAAAAUUCAAACAAAACCGAGCUCUUAAUCAGUGAACUUGUCAGCAGCAUUUUUGAAUGUACUCUCUGUACGAAUGAGAUUAACCUCAAUUUUAAUAUUGAUGGCCUAAAUGUUUUGCAUUUCUGCUGAGUUGGACAGACAUGGAUCCAGAUUAACUCCUGGGCAGACAGACAUACUUUCGAUGACUAUACCAAAAUUGCUCAAGUAUACAUGUGGUAAAUCAAACCGCUGCUGGAGAAGUCCUAGGAUUUUUUUUUUUUCUCUUGCUGCCUACUGCAUUUUUUAAUGGAAACUACUUUUGGCCAAGAUGAAGACAAGUGUAUCUUCUACAAAAAUUUCAGAAGGCAAGAUUUUAAUUGUUUUACCAUUUCUGACUUACAAAUGCUUGUCCAUAAUAAUAAUUCAGGUAUCUUGUGUUUCAUUGAUGACAGUUGCAGUUUUUUAACCAGUUUUUCUUCUACUGUGAUCUAACAGGCCCUUGUACCAAAAUAAUGAAUGUGGGGGUGGGGAGGGAGCAAAAAUUCCUACCAAAUCCCAACAAGCACACUUAUUUUUAUUAAAAUCUAACAUUAAAAGAUCAUGCUCAUA